UCACCUGUUGAUUUCGAAGCUUUCUAUCUCAUCAUCUUCGCGAUCAAGAUUUUAGAGCGGAACUUCGGGAUAAGCUUUCACGUCAGGAGGAAUAUCUUUCGAAGAAGAACCAUGAGAAUCAACAAUGGCGAACCCUAAGUCAUCUGUAGAUCUGAAAAACAAUCAAGCUUGCGGAAAGCUUUGUCAGGAACACGGGGAGGAGGACUGUCCAAGUGAGAACGAGCGUGAGUUCGAAUCGUUGGAAUAUGAGGAAGACGUGUACUACUCGAAGCUGACGACGACACCGAGCUUCGACGACAUCGACGAGCUCGAUGACGAGGAUGUGGACGAGCUGGUGGUUCACUGCUGGCGCGACUCCAAUGGCGAGAUCGACGAGAUUGUCGUCGACGAUGGCAACCUGUCCGUGGAGACCCAGUUCCUGCCGGAAGAAGGACCAGAUGAUGGUCGCAGGAAGAAGAAGCGAUCGAUUCGCGUGAUCUUCCAGGAUCUCUCUAAACCCUAUCUCGCUAGGAUCAGCAGCAGCCAGAACUACAAGAGGUUCCUCGAGCUGGUAAAAGGAGAAGACGCCUCGCUUCACUCGGCCGGAUCUUUGUCGCCCUCAUCAGAUAAUAUAGCAAACGAACUUCAAGGACUCUCCUUAGAAGAGCAAGAACAACAAAAGGCAGAAUGGAGCGCUCAAUUAGCAAAAGUUGAGGAAGAGAUACAGACUCUGAGACAUGUCCUCGCCAACAAGAUCAAGGUUUCGCAGGAUCUGAAGAGAAAACUGGGUAUCAGUGUCUGGAAGGAGCUCACCGACGAUGUCAAUCAAGGACUCAAGAACGUCAAGGAGAGCAACGUAUACCAAAAAACAGAAUCUGUACUUAAAUCCACGGCUGAAAAGACAACAAGUAUCCUGGGUGGAUUUGGUAGCGGUAUUUCCAUGAAAUUGGGCCAGAUGCGCAACUCCGACAGCUUCCGGUCCUUGGAGGAAAGAGUUGGAUCCGCUUGUGAGAAUAUUAAGACAAAAGUUGUGCCUUCGAGAUCCAAUUCGACGCAGAGCUUUGACGAGGCUCUUCGAGAAUCCGAAGCAAUGAGGCGUGCAUCUGCGGCUCCGUCGGUCACCAGCCCGACCAUUCCUGAGGACAAGUUGCUCUCUUAGAGCCCAAAGUUGCGCGAAAUCCGUGCGUCUCCUCCGCGCGAUGUAAAGUGCUGAUAACGCGCUAUAUCACUAUUGCAUUCGUCUACUGCAAUCGCUAUAGAGGGCCAAACGACGAUGUAUCCGUGCACGAAUUGAAUGAGUCGGUCGAUACUUUGCUGAAUCGAGACUUCGGAUACAAUCGUCCAAGUAUUAUCCUACUCUAUCUAAUAAAAAAAUAUAUAUUUUUCUCGCACGCCCUUUCCACGCCUUUCCCUUCGCAGGAUCGCCUUUUUCUAGACUAUAUUCAGGACAUCCUUAGACAUAGCGAAAAACGCGAUUUUUAUACCUAUACUAAAAAAAAUCGAUAUUGAAGACAAUUUAUUAAAUAUAAAUAUAUGACUGUUGAAUUUCUUUUGAUAAUUAAUUUUGAUUUAUAAAUAUAAUAAAACAUAAUUGAUGUUUGAAUUGGAGCUGAUUAUUUAUAUAUAUGCAUCGCGAUAAAAUAUAAUUUUAAAUUAUGAAGUAUAUAUAUAAUAUUAAAUAUUAAUAGGAAAAUUAAUAGGAAAAUUUUGCAAAAUAUUUACAAUAGUUUUUCGAUCAUUAUCACUGCUGCACUACUUACAACUUUAUAUAAAAUUUAAAUUAUAUAAAAUAUAAAUAUGUAAAAUAUAUAUAAUUUACAUGUUAAAUUUCGCACUUAUUUUUGCAUAUAUUUGUAAUUUGUGGCAUUUAUCACAUAUUAUCGAUGUCCUGAAUCAAUCUGAACAGAGCUGCCAAAAGAAAAUAUUUUCAACGAUUUAUGGUAAAUAACCCGUCCGUUGACAAUACUUUACACCGUGUAUACUAAACUUCUUACUUAUGUACGCAAACCUGAUUAGCGCGAACAAGUAUGUCGCAAGACAAAUCUAAUCAGAAUCUCGAGGAACAUUAAUAAAUCUUUCCUUUUUUUAUCUUAUUAUUAUUUAAUUAAAAUAACAAUUGAAUAGAAGAUGAUAGGGAAAUUAUCUCGAAUAAAAAAUUAUUUAUUGAUGAAAAAGAUUGUAUAAAUUUCAAACGAAAAUAGAAUCUAUAUAGGUAACAAAUCAAGUAAAAUUGUAAUAAUAUAAAAUAAUUUUCUGUAAAUAAUUUAUUAUGCUUCUGUAACGUAGACAAAUUGUACAAGAUGAGAACAUAUCAAGACAUGAAACAGAUUUCAGUUAAAAAAUUAUGAAAUUUCCUUGUUUAAAGAAGAUAAUUGAAAGAGUUCCUCGCGAUUUUCAAUCUUAGAUGAAUAUGUUUUAGGUAUGCGGAUAAUCUUAUUAAAUUAGCACGAAAUUUGAGAGGUAUUUUGUAUUUUAGCUUAAUAAAAGUAUUAUCGACGACGCACGGUGCGUUUUUGUUAAUGUUAAAAGAGGCAAAUUUUUGCAAAAGAACCGAAUAUUGUAUACAUGUUCAUGCGAUAUAAUAACUAAUUAUUAUCAAGGAUAAUUGCCAUGAUUCGUCGAUAAUAUUUGCUGCAUAAUAUCUUCUUGUUCAUAAAUAAAUUAUUUUACGAAA